UUAUUAUAAAAUUUUGUGGUGGAGGUUUGACGUGUGUUGUUGACUUGUUGUUGGUGAUCAUCUUGAAAAGCGGUUUAUCCUUCAAACACUUGUUGAUUCUCUCUCAACUCAAAAUAUAAUGGCUGAUAAUAAAAUUCUGGUGAUUGGUGGUGGAGGAAGAGAACAUGCUAUAUGUUGGAAAUUAUCUCAAUCUCCAAAGGUAGAAAAAAUAUUUAUAACACCUGGUAAUUGUGGAAUUGCUCAAGUACCAAAAGUAUCAUUAAUAAAAUUAAAUGCCAAAGAUAAUGAAGAAGUUGCAAAUUUUGCUAAAAAAGAAUGUAUUAAUUUGGUUGUUGUUGGUCCAGAAGAAUACUUGGCAAAUGGUAUUGCUGAUGUAUUAUUAAAAAAUGGAAUUGAUUGUUUUGGACCAGGUAAAGAUGGUGCAAGACUAGAAGCUGAUAAAGAUUAUGCAAAAAGUUUUAUGGAUCGUCAUGAUAUACCAACAGCAAAAUGGAAAUCAUUUACAUCAACAAUUGAUGCUAAAAAAUAUGUCAAUGAAGCUGAUCAUAAAGCACUUGUUGUUAAAGCAACUGGUCUUGCUGCUGGUAAAGGUGUUGUUGUUGCUAGUAAUAAUGAAGAAGCAUGUCAAGCAAUUGAUGAAAUGUUAAAUGAUAAAAAAUUUGGUACUGCUGGUGAAACAAUUGUCAUUGAAGAAUUACUUGAUGGUGAAGAAGUAUCAUUACUUAUUUUUACUGAUGGUAAAACAUAUGAACUUAUGCCACCAACACAAGAUCAUAAACGUAUAUUUGAUAAUGAUGAAGGACCAAAUACUGGUGGUAUGGGUGCAUAUGGUCCAUGUGAUUUAAUAACUUCUCAAGAUUUUGAUAUUAUAAAAAAAGAUAUUAUUGAAAAAUCAAUAUGUGGUAUACAAAAAGAUAAUAUACCAUUUAUUGGUGUAUUAUAUGUUGGUUUAAUGUUAACUAAAAAUGGACCAAAAGUAUUAGAAUAUAAUUGUCGUUUUGGUGAUCCAGAAACACAAAUAAUAAUGACAUUAUUAUCAUCUGAUUUAUAUGAUAUUAUGAAAAAUUGUUGUCAAGGUAAAUUAUCAAUGACUAAAAUUAAUUGGUAUAAUGAUCGUUAUUCAUGUGGUGUUAUAUUAGCAUCACGUGGUUAUCCACAAACAAGUUCAAAAGGACAAAUAAUAACUGGAAUUGAUGAUGUACUAUCUGCUAGUAAUAAUAAUUUUAUAUUUCAUAGUGGUACAUCAUUAUCAAGUAACAAUGAGUUAUUAACAAAUGGUGGAAGAGUAUUAAUGACUGUAUCACAAGCAUCAACACUACAAUUAGCAUCAGCAAAUGCAACAAUAUCAGCUAAAAAAAUUAAAUUUGAUGGUAAACAAUAUCGUAAUGAUAUUGGACAUAAAGGUAUUGCAUCAUCAAUAUUAAAAACAGGUUUAUUAUCAUAUAAAAGUAGUGGUGUUGAUAUUGAUACUGGUGAUUUAUUUGUUAAUAAAAUUAAACCAAUGGUUGCAACAACAAAAAUACCAGGUGUUAUGGGUUCAAUUGGUGGUUUUGGUGGUUUAUUUGAUACAAAAACAGCUGGUUUUAAUGAUCCAAUAUUAGUAUCUGGUACUGAUGGUGUUGGUACUAAAUUAAAAAUAGCAAUUGAAUAUGGUAAACAUGAUAGUGUUGGUAUUGAUUUAGUUGCAAUGUGUGUUAAUGAUGUACUUGCACAUGGUGCUAAACCAUUAUUUUUCUUAGAUUAUUUUGCAUGUGGUUAUUUAAAUGUUGAUAUUGCUGCAUCUGUUGUAUCUGGUAUUGUUGAAGGUUGUAAAAAUGCUGGUUGUUCACUUGUUGGUGGUGAAACAGCUGAAAUGCCUGAUAUGUAUGCUAAAGGUGAAUAUGAUCUUGCUGGUUUUGCUGUUGGUGCUGUUGAACGUAAUUCAUUAUUACCAAAAAUUAAUGAUAUUAUACCUGGUGAUAUUGUUAUUGGUUUACCAUCAAGUGGUAUACAUAGUAAUGGUUUUUCACUUGUACGUAAAAUUUUAAAAAUAUCUGGUAAAACAUUUAAUGAUCAAGCACCAUUUUCAUUAAAUAAAUCAACUAUUGGUGAUGAAUUACUUGUACCAACAAAAAUAUAUACUAAAAAUGUUGUACCAGCAUUAAAUACAAAUAAUGUUAAAGCAUUUGCUCAUAUUACUGGUGGUGGUUUAACUGAAAAUAUACCACGUAUAUUACCUGAUGGUACUGGUGUUAAAUUAAAUGCUGAAAAUUGGAAUAUAUUACCAGUAUUUAGUUGGCUUGCUGCUAUUGGUAGUGUUAAUGAAAAAGAAAUGUUGAGAACAUUUAAUUGUGGUAUUGGUGGUAUUUUAAUAUGUUCAAAAAUUCAUAAAAAUCAAAUUAUUGAUAUUUUAAAAGAUGAAAAACCCAUUGUAAUUGGUACAGUUGUUGAAUUUAAUAAUAAAAUUAAUAACAAUACUGAACGUGUUAUUGUUGAUAAUUUUUCAAAGUGUAUGAAUCAACAAAUGCGUAAAUAUAUACCAAAAAUAAUUGAUAAUUUAUCAAUUAUUAAAAAAAAAGUUGGUGUAUUAAUAUCAGGAAGUGGUACAAAUCUUCAAGCAUUAAUUGAUUCAUGUAAAAAUCCAAUAGAACAUAUGGGAGCUGAAAUAGUACUUGUUAUAUCAAAUAAAUUAGGUGUUGAAGGUCUUAAAAGAGCUGAAAAUGCUGGUAUUAAAACAAAAGUUAUUGAACACAAAGAUUAUCCAUCAAGAGAAAUAUUUGACAUGGAAAUGGAUAAAGAAUUAACAUUAGCUGGUGUUGAAAUAAUAUGUUUAGCUGGUUUUAUGAGAAUUUUAUCUGAUAAAUUUGUUAAAAAAUGGAAAGGAUCAAUGAUUAAUGUACAUCCAUCAUUAUUACCAUCAUUUAAAGGUUCAAAUGCACACAGAGAUGUAUUAUUAUCUGGUGUACGUAUAACAGGUUGUACAGUACAUUUUGUUGAUACUGAAAUUGAUUCUGGUGCAAUUAUUGAACAAGAACCAGUUAAAGUUUUACCAAAUGAUACUAUUGGAAGUCUACAAGAACGUGUUAAAAUUGCUGAACAUGUUGCUUUUCCAAGAGCACUUAAACUUCUUGCAACUGGACAAAUUAAACUCAAAGAUGACAAUACAAUUCAAUGGAAUUAUUAAUAAUAUAUCAUUCACAAUUAUCAAUAUAUUUUUUUUAUAAAUUUUACAGGCAAACAAAAUGUCAUUAAUCAUGACAAACAGUUGUGUAUCAUUUUUCUAAUGAAACAUUUUAAAUAAAAAAAAAAGAAAAAUUAUAAAUAUACAUUUUAUUUUUAUGUUUAUUAGUUGAUUGGUUUUUUUUUUAUUUUUUUUUUUUCCUUUUGAAGAUAAUUAGUUAGUCACACUGGCUAUUAAGCAGCUGAUGACUCAGUAAGCUACUGCCCGUUGUUGACUAAAUACAUAUUUUAUUAAACGAAAAAAAAAUGUCUCUAAAUUAUAUAUUAUUAUUAUUAUUAAUUUUAUUUAGUGCCACGUGUUGUGAAUCAAAAAAUAUAACUGAUAAAAUUGGGAAGGAAAGUAAUGAUAAACCAAUAAUAAAUAAAUGUUGUGAAGAAAAUCAAUUGUUUGUGGCUAAUACUAGUUACCAUCGACUUCAUUGUUUCAAUGAGACAAAAAUUAAUAUUUUAAAUUAUCCAGAUAUUUAUAAUAAUAACAAUACGGAUAAAUUGGAUAAAAAAAUUGAUGAUAGUUUUAAUAUUUCAUAUGGAGUUCCUUGUGACUCAAAAAUAUUACAUGCUAGGAAUUUUACAACUGUUAGAGUUGAUGAAACUAUUCAUUUACUUGAAAAUGGUACCAUUUGGGAUAGUAAAUUAUCAAAUUAUUAUGAUGAUUAUUGUAUUGAAAAUAUUAAAAAAAAAAAAGAUAUUUAUUCAAUAAUACUGGUGUGUCAAGAACAACUAAAAGAUGAAACAGAAGAAUAUUUAAAUACAGAAAACGAAAUUAUUAUAAAAUUGAUUAAAAAUAUUUUAAUGCCAAGUAUAUUUUUAUCUAUAAAUAUAAUAAUUAUAUACAAUUAUUGGCCGAGUGAAGAAAGUAUAAGAAAAAAAUUUAUAUUUAAUUAUUUUACAUCAUUUUCAUUGGCCCAUACUUCAUUGAUUCUUUCAAUUUAUUUGAAUAAUUAUCAAACUCAAACUGGAUAUUUUAGUUAUUAUUUUUUCAUUACAAGCUGGAUAUGGUUUUUAAUUUUGUGCUAUGAUAUUCGUUGGACACUUGGUAAUCUCAAGUAUGAAAUGCUGCAAGAUGCAAGAUUUAAGGAGUAUACUAUUUAUUCAAUUUAUGGAUGGG